CUAUUUUCACCUCAUUCUCAUCAAACCACAUCAUCAACAAAACGAGCAUACAAGAUGCCUACCCUCUCAGAAGUCGUCAAACGCGACCAUGCGCGCAUCACCGACGCAUAUCACGUCCUCGUGGAAACCAAACCCGAGGAGCGCAACGCCGAUGAGUUUGUUUGGGCCCUAGCCCGCUACCUUAUCGUCGAGAACCUUGCUCUUAUCCCAGCCUUGGAGUACCAUAUCUCCGGGGGAUCAGAACGACAGCGGCGGUUGUCUGAUGACUACAACAGUAUCAACGCGAAACUCCGCCACAUGGCCAAAUACGACCCAUCAGAGGAGAGCUUCGAGUCGGCACUCAAGGCCAUCUGGGUUGAUCUGGAGCCUCACAUCCGGGAAGAGACCGAUGGGGACCUUGACGAACUCGAACGCAAGAUGGAGCCUGAGGAUUCACGAAAGCUGGGGCAAAAGUACGAGACACUCAGAGACAUGUUGCAGCGUCCAUAUGGCGCGUUUGGGGUUCCAAAUGCUGAAAUCAUGGAUGACGUGCUUGGCACCACAAAAGAGCAGCUGAUGGAGAGAAUGGGCAACGGAAUCUGA